AAAGCCCUAAUAACUCAUUAUCCCCAUCUUCCUUCUUUUCUAUCCACCGCCGCAAAUCUUCCUCUUCUUCAGUUUUCCAAGUUAACUUUCAGGGUAACUUUUGUUUACCCACAUUACACUACUGACAAACAUGGCAACUCAAUUGAGCAAGAAACGAAAGUUUGUAGCAGAUGGCGUGUUCUUUGCUGAGCUGAACGAGGUUCUCACUCGGGAACUUGCAGAGGAUGGUUACUCUGGUGUCGAAGUUAGGGUUACUCCUAUGCGUACCGAGAUCAUCAUCAGGGCCACCCGUACCCAAAAUGUUCUUGGUGAGAAGGGAAGGAGAAUUAGGGAACUGACAUCUCUCGUUCAGAAGCGUUUCAAGUUUCCAGAAAACAGCGUGGAGCUUUAUGCUGAAAGGGUUAACAACAGGGGUCUCUGUGCAAUUGCCCAAGCCGAAUCUCUACGUUACAAGCUUCUCGGAGGCCUUGCUGUUCGGAGGGCUUGCUAUGGUGUUCUAAGAUUCGUCAUGGAGAAUGGAGCCAAAGGAUGUGAGGUGAUUGUUAGUGGAAAGCUUAGGGCACAGCGUGCAAAGUCAAUGAAGUUCAAGGAUGGGUACAUGGUAUCCUCCGGUCAACCAGUCAAGGAGUACAUUGACUAUGCUGUCAGGCACGUGCUUCUUAGACAGGGUGUUCUUGGAAUCAAAGUUAAGAUCAUGCUUGACUGGGAUCCUAGCGGCAAGCUUGGCCCCAAGACACCUUUACCUGAUAAUGUUGUAAUUCACAUGCCCAAGGAUGAUGUUUUUACCCACCCACCCAAAGAAGCUGAGGAAUAUAUGCCACCGCAUGCUGCUGAUGAGCCUUUACCUAUGCCCAUGCCAGUUUAAAUCUCAGUCUGAAAUAGGAUUUGAAAUCAACGCGAUCCGACUGGUUUGGAAGAUAAGUUUUGGAUAUGUUGUCUUUUGUUGAGUUUGCUUGGACAACUCUUUUCAUUUUGGGCUAUUGUAAGCUUUACUUUUUUUAGAACUAACUGAAUUUUGUUAAUCUGGAGUGAUAAUGUAAGUUUCAGAGUUUUUUUUU